AUGAAUGGCGUUACUGAAGAUGCAAUCCGACUCCGCCUAUAUUCCUUUUCCCUAAGAGACAAAGCCAAGGCAUGGUUCCAAUCAUUGCCGUAUGGAUCCAUCACAACUUGGGAGGGAAGAUGUCCUCAGCAUGGUUACCCGGAUUGGUUGCAGAUACAAACCUUCUACAAUGGUUUGAAUGGUCAGACACGGAUAGUGGUAGAUUCUGUAGCAAGGGGUGCACUAUUAUCCAAAACUCCAAAUGAGGCUUAUGCAUUAUUGGAUGAGAUAGUUACUAAUAGCCAUCAAUGGCCGAGUGAGCGUUCAAGUGCAAAGAAAGUUGCUGGCCUUUAUGAAGUAGAUCCUAUAACCGCCCUUGCAGCUCAAAUGUCAUCUCUCACUAAUCAAAUAGCUGCAUUGACUUCACAUGGUUCACAAAAGAAAUCAAAAUCUAUUAUGGCUACAUCCACUGCAUACCAAAAAGUUGAAAGGGAGAAUGAACAACUUCAGUAUGUGAAUGAUCGGAAUUUCAAUCAAAAGGGAAACUACUCAGGAAACAACUACUAUCUGGGGUUCAAUAAUCAAGCGUUUGAGCGAAAGCUAUCACUGGAAGAUAUUUUAGGAACCUUCAUUUCGGAGACCAGAUCGAGGUUCAACAAAGAUGAGGCAAGACUUGACAGCAUUGAGACACAUAUGACCAACUUGGGGGCUACAGUGAAGAAUUUGGAGGUACAGAUUGGUCAGAUAGCAACUGCAAUACAGUCUCAACAAAAAGGACAAUUUCCUAGUGACACAGAGGUUAACCCACGGGAACACUGCAAUGCUAUCACCCUAAGAAGUGGUAAAGCAGUUGAAGAACGCAAGCUUAGAGAGGCUGGGGUACCUACAUCGGAUCACAUUCUUGCAAGGGAAAAGCAGACUGAAGGGCAGAAAACUAAGGCAGAGGCAACAAAGAAGAUUUAUAAGCCUUACUCAAUUUCAUUUUCGGACAACCCACCUAUCUUGAAGCCCCCACUACCAUUCCCACAGAGGUAUUUGAAGAAGGAGUUUGAUGAAAAAUUCGGAAAGUUUCUGGAGGUCUUCAAGAAAAUCCACAUCAACAUUCCCUUUGCAGAAACCUUGGCCCAAAUGCCUAACUAUGCCAAGUUCUUAAAGGAAGUGAUGUUAAAGAAGAGAAAGUUGGAGAAAUUUGAGAUUGUUAAGUUGAAGAGGAGUGUAGUGCCAUACUUCAGAAGAUGCUCCCUCACAAAUUGA